AUAAGCAACGUUGAUCACGUGUAUUUGCGUGUCAAUUUGCGUCAAUGUUUUCGUCAGAAUAGAAUGCACUAUCGUCAGUCUAUUAAUUAUUACUAAAUAGCACUCUAUAUAGUAUUGAAAGAACAAAAUUAUCUUGAUAAAAACAAUGAAGUGGCAGUUUUCUAAUAAACUAAACAACAUGAGUUCAUUUCAUCAACAAUUUCCUUGCUUUAACACAAAGACAAUUUGCCAAAGGUUACUUAUAAGAUAGACUGAGAUAAUUAAUAGUAUCAAAUAACACUACUUGGAAAUGCUUUUGAACGUUUGUAUACUAAUGUAGUUGAACACAUUUAUACGUCACUCUAUAUCAUUUUGUAUCAAUAACUUGAAAAAAAUAAUAAGCCAGAGAAAGAAAAAGUUAUCACGGUGACUUGGAUAUUAUAUCAGUUUUUUUUAUCAUUGGCACUUGGUGAAUUUAUAGUGGAUUAAAGGUCAACAUUCAAACAAAUAUCACUGAUUUUCUUUAUCAUUUGGAUUAUAUAUGAAAAACUAUUCAGCAAUGAUAUCAAGUUUUUAUGAAAAAAUAAUUGGAUCAUCUCCUGUAAAAAAUAAUCAACAGAAAAUUUUAUGUGUUGGACUUACAUGUCUUGAUAUUAUUCAAACAUGUAACAGUUUUCCUAUUGAAGAUUCCGACACCAGAUGUGUAGAUUACAGAUGGCAAAGAGGCGGCAAUGCCUCAAAUAAUUGCACAGUUUUAUCUAAAUUAGGUACCCAAGUAGAAUUCUUAGGAACACUUGGCGCAGGAAAUCACUCGAAAUUCAUAAGAGAUGACAUGAUUAAACAUGGCAUUGAUUAUUCUCAUUGUCCAGUUAUCGAAGGUGUAGAUAUUCCUACAUCAACUGUAAUAUUAAACCUACAAACAGGAUCUCGCACAAUUUUACAUUAUAACCCUAACUUACCUGAACUCACUGUUGAAGACUUUGAAAAACUCAACUUGAGUGAUUACAGUUGGGUUCAUUUCGAGGGUAGAAACAUUCCAAGAGUGUUAGGAAUGAUGCAAGUAAUAGAAAAUUACAAUGAUAAAAUAAAGUUAACUAAACCAGACCAUCUUCCAAUAACAAUUAGUGUAGAGUUAGAGAAAACUCAUGUGGAGCUAUUAGAUUUAUUACCCUAUGCUGAUGUAGCUUUUAUCUCCAAAGAUUUUGCAUGCAGUCGAGGAUUUAAUAACAUGAGUGAAACCAUCAGAAAUAUUGCACGCGAUGUCAAGUCUGGAGCGACAAUAAUUUGUGCGUGGGGUGACAGAGGAGCAAUGGCGAGAACUCCCAAUGGAACAAUAGUGCAAUCACCGGCAUUUCCGCCACCGCAAAUCGUUGAUUCGUUGGGUGCUGGUGAUACAUUUACUGCUGCUAUUUUACACUGCCUUAAUUUUGUCAAAUUACGUGAUCACUCAAAGAAAAUUGAUCAGAAAAAACAGGAUAAUGAAAAUAAUAAAAAUAUGGUAACAGAUGAAAAUCGAGAAAUGAACAAAAAUGAGAAUAUAGUUGGUGACAAUGAAAUCGUAGAAGCUAGUCAAAAAAGUCUGAUUGAAAAACAAACAAGAAUUGAGCACAAUUACAAUAUUGAAAGCCUCGAGUACAGUGAAACUGACUUCAUAAAUAAUUCUGUUUUGCAUGCUGCUGUCACGUUUGCUUGUCGGACUGCUGGUGCAAAAAUUGGAUUUAAAGGAUAUGAAGGCUUUCAGCGGAUUUGUCUAGAUUUUCUAGACGAUUUAUAAUGUUAUUCGACGAAAAUGGGGUUUUUGUUAUUAUUUAAGUAUCAGAAUAUCUAAAUCCUAAAUAUUAACUAUCUUAUCGAAUAUAAUUCUGUCUGAAAAUACCACCAAACUGAUGUACUAAAAGUGUAAAUAGUCAAACUUUCCUUCAAGUUUCAGUUGUUAAUUCCACAAUUUAUGUUAGCUCAUCUAUAGUACAUCUAAUCUUGAAUCAACGAAAUCUGUGAUCAUGCAGAGAGUUACCGCAAGUAAUAACCCAAAAGUUAUGAUCAAAUUAUUGAGUAAUUACUGAUAUUAUAUUACAAAUAACGUAGCUCAAUUACCUUCCCUACUCAUUUAAAUCAGCUCAUUUAGUUGGUAGUGUUAUUUUUUCAAUUAUGUUUCGUCUUUGGUAUAUAUUUAGAACUCUGCUAUGGCAAAACAUUUUCUAAAUCUUCAAUGCAUAUUUUAAAUCAUCAAUAUAAGUAUGAAUGCUAAGAGUUAAUCGAUUUAUUCGAUGUUCUAAACUUACUUGAAUCGUGCUUUUGCAUAAAGUCCACUAUCUAUCAUAUAAAGAUAAAUAUUUGUCAACUCAAUUUCACCGUGCAGACUAGUUAAACUUUGACCUAAUUCGUUUUUCAGAAAUUUGAUAGAAAAAUGUUGGAAAUAAUUGAUAUAAUUCUUUUGUUACUGUUAUUAUAUGAUGAAGAUUCAUUACUAGAAAAAAAUUUCUAAAAUUGAUAUUAUUAAAAGGGAAAAACAUAAUAACUAAGUUGAUCUAAUGAAAAAUAAUGAAAAAAAUAGAUAAUAUGAUUAAAUGAAACAAUGGAAGUAUAAAUCAAAAAAAAAAAAAAUGAUACCUAGUAGUUGUCAAGUCCUGCACGGAAUGAAAUUAAUUAAAGUUAUGGAUACUCCUUGAAAGUUGAGAGCUAAGCUAUAAUAAAACACCAACUUAACUUAAUUUAAACGUUAAGUAAAUUAUAAACAAUAAU